CCCCCUCCCCCCUUCCCUCCUCCUCCCCCCGCCGCCGCUCCGGGAUUCCACCAGCCCUCAGGUUCCCCCCGGCCCCGGCGGGAGGACGGCUCGCCCGGGCCGGCUUGGCCCCCUCCCGCUGCCGCCGCUUCAGAUCUUUCUUUCAAUAGUAGCUUCGAAAAUGAAGGUCAGAGGGUUCAGCUGGUGAAGAAGAACCGAACACCUCGAAGGGUCAACUCUCGAUUUCAGAUACGGUAUCUAAAGGCAUUUGUGCCUGAAGCCACGGAAGAUAGAUGGACAAGCCAAGCAACUUCUGACUCUGCAUCAUUUUCUGGGGCAAAAUUUUAUGGCAAUGUAUCCUACAAGGGUGUCCGGUGAGGAAUGCAAUGGGAUCAAUAGCAUGUCGGCGGAGAGCGGCCCUGGAACGAGACUGAGAAAUUUGCCGGUAAUGGGAGAUGGACUGGAAACCACCCAAAUGUCUACGACGCAGUCACAGGCUCAACCCCAACAAGGCAGUGCUGUAGGCGUUAAUCCCCCUCCACCGGAGACCUCCAACCCCAACAAACCCAAGCGAAUGACCAACCAGCUGCAGUAUCUGCUCAAGGUGGUGCUGAAGACGCUAUGGAAGCACCAGUUUGCGUGGCCUUUCCAGCAGCCUGUGGACGCCGUCAAGCUGAACCUCCCUGAUUAUUAUAAGAUAAUUAAAACUCCGAUGGAUAUGGGAACAAUAAAGAAACGCUUGGAGAAUAACUACUACUGGAACGCUCAAGAAUGUAUCCAGGAUUUUAACACGAUGUUUACAAACUGCUACAUCUACAAUAAGCCAGGGGAUGACAUAGUCUUAAUGGCAGAAGCUCUAGAAAAGCUUUUCCUGCAGAAAAUCUCCGAAAUGACCCAGGAGGAAACGGAAAUCGUUAUAGCCCAGACGAAAGGACGAGGACGCGCGAGGAAGGAAGCAGUGACAUCCAAACCAGGAUCAUCGACGGUACCGAACGCAACCCAAGCAUCCUCCCCGGCGCAGACGCAGGCGCCGCAGCAGAACCUCCAGUCGGUGCAGACGACUCAUUCCUUUCCUUCCGUCACCCCCGACCUCAUCGUCCAGACGCCCGUCAUGACGAUGGUGCCUCCUCAACCUCCUGCGCCACCUCCACCGGCCCCCCAGGCCCCCGCGCCGCCGGCCCCGGCUCCCCAACCCAUCCAGCCUCACCCUCCCGUUAUCCCAACGCCCGCCCAGCCCGUGAAGACAAAAAAAGGGGUGAAGAGGAAAGCAGACACCACCACGCCGACGACCAUCGACCCAAUCCAUGAAUCGUCAUCGUUGCCCGCCGAACCCAAGUCCACCAAGCUGGGUCCGCGUCGGGAAAGCAGCCGCCCGGUGAAGCCUCCAAAGAAGGACGUUCCAGACUCUCAACAGCACGUGGUAGAAAAGAGUAGCAAAAUCUCCGAGCAGUUAAAAUACUGCAGCGGCAUCAUCAAAGAGAUGUUCGCCAAGAAACACGCUGCCUACGCCUGGCCCUUCUACAAACCUGUGGAUGUGGAAGCACUGGGACUGCACGAUUAUUGCGAUAUCAUUAAACAUCCCAUGGAUCUGAGCACAAUCAAAUCUAAACUGGAGAACCGGGAAUACCGAGAUGCUCAGGAAUUUGCGGCCGACGUCCGAUUGAUGUUCUCCAAUUGCUAUAAGUACAACCCCGCCGAUCACGAGGUGGUGGCCAUGGCACGGAAACUGCAGGACGUGUUCGAGAUGCGCUUCGCCAAGAUGCCGGAUGAACCAGAAGAACCUGUGAUUCCAGCUUCUUCUCCCGUGGUGGUGCCGCCUCCCACCAAGGUGGCUCCCCCUUCGUCUAGCGACAGCAGCAGCGAUAGCUCCUCCGACAGCGACAGCUCGUCGGAUGACUCCGAGGAAGAGCGAGCUCAGCGGUUAGCGGAGCUCCAGGAACAGCUUAAAGCGGUGCACGAGCAGCUCGCAGCCCUGUCCCAGCCCCAGCAGAACAAACCAAAGAAAAAAGAGAAAGACAAGAAGGAGAAGAAGAAGGAGAAGCACAAAAAGAAGGAGGAGCUGGAAGACGCCAAGAAGAGCAAAGCCAAGGAACCGCCAACCAAGAAGGCCAAGAAAAGCAACAGCAACAGCAGUACCUCCAGUAGUAAGAAGGAGCCGGUGGCGGUGAAGAACAGCAAACCCCCUCCCGCCUACGAGUCGGAGGAGGAGGAGAAGUGCAAGCCCAUGUCCUACGAGGAGAAGCGGCAGCUCAGCCUGGACAUCAACAAACUGCCCGGCGAGAAGCUUGGUCGCGUCGUCCACAUCAUCCAGUCGCGAGAGCCCUCGCUCAAGAACUCCAACCCCGACGAGAUCGAGAUCGACUUCGAGACCUUGAAACCAUCCACCCUGCGGGAGCUGGAGAGAUACGUCACGUCCUGUUUGCGCAAGAAGAGGAAACCUCAAGCGGAGAAAGUGGACGUCGUCGCCGGCUCCUCGAAAAUGAAGGGAUUUUCCUCCUCCGAGUCCGAGAGCAGCAGCGAGUCCAGCUCCUCCGACAGCGAAGAUUCGGAAACAGAAAUGGCACCGAAAUUGAAGAAAAAAGGGCAUUCGGGGCGAGAACAAAAAAAGCAUCACCAUCACCACCAUCAACCGGUGCAGCAGCAACCGCCGCCGCCGCAGCCCCCUCCACCACCGCAGCCGCAGCAGCCCCCUCCGCCCCCGCCGCCACCGCAGCCGUUACCGCCGCAGCCGUUACCACCCCAGCAGCCCCCGCCGCCGCCCCCGCCGCCGCCCGUCCCUCAACAAGCUCCUCCGCCAAUGAAGUCUUCUCCUCCGCCUUUCGUCCCCACGCAAGUCCCCGUCCUGGAGCACCCGCUGCCGGGGAACAUGUUCGACACCAUGACGCAUUUCACCCAACCCAUCAUGCACCUCCCUCAACCGGAGAUGCCGCCCCAUCUCCCCCAGCCGCCCGAGCACAGCACUCCUCCCCACCUCAACCAGCAUGCCGUGGUGUCUCCUCCAGCUUUGCACAACGCUCUGCCUCAGCAGCCCUCGAGACCCAGUAACCGAGCCGCGGCGUUACCCCCGAAGCCUUCGCGUCCACCGGCCGUCUCGCCGGCCAUCAGCCAGCAGCCCAUGCUUCCUCAGCCGCCUCUGCCCCAGCCUCCCCAGGUCCUGCUGGAGGACGAAGAACCUCCUCCGCCGCACCACAACCUGCCUCUGAGCACCAGCCAGAUGCAGCUCUACCUUCAGCAGCUGCAGAAAGUGCAGCCGCAGACUCCUCUUCUCCCUUCAGUGAAGGUCCAGUCGCAACCGCAGCCGCCCCUGCAGCCGCCGGCUCACCCCGCGGUGCAGCAGCUGCAGCACCAGCCGCCGCCGCGGCCCAUGCACAUGCAACCCAUGCCCUUCCCAUCCCACAUCCCCCAACCCCAACCGCCGCCGCAGCAACAUCCGCCCCCGCAGCCGCCCCCGCCGCCCCCGCCGCCGCAGCCGGCCAAACCGCAGCAGGUCAUCCAGCAUCACCCGUCGCCGCGGCACCAUAAGCCUGAUCCCUACUCGACCGGUCACUUGAGGGAAGCCCCUUCCCCUCUCAUGAUGCAUUCCCCACAGAUGCCGCAGUUCCAGGGUUUGGUCCACCAGUCGCCACCUCAACAAACUAUCCAGCCAAAAAAACAGGAGAUGCGAGCCGCCUCCGUCGUCCAGUCGCAGCCCAUGGUGGUGAAGGAGGAGAAGAUGCAUUCGCCCGUCAUCCGUAACGAGACCUUCAGUCCCCCGUUGCGGCAAGAUCCGCCGAAACACCCGGAGAGCAUCAAACCGCCCGCGCACAUCCCGCAACGGACGGAGAUGAAACCCAUGGAGGGGGGCCGACCCGUCAUCAGACCCCCGGAGCAAAACCCCCCACCGCCGGGAGUGCAGGAAAAAGAUCGGCAGAAACAGGAGCCGAAAACACCCGUCGCCCCCAAAAAGGACCUGAAGAUCAAAAAUAUGGGUUCCUGGGCGAGCUUGGUCCAGAAACAUCCCACCACUCCAUCCUCCACGGCAAAGUCCUCCAGCGACAGCUUCGAGCAGUUCAAGAGGGCGGCGCGGGAGAAGGAGGAGCGGGAGAAGGCGCUGAAGGCUCAGGCGGAGCAGGUGGAAAGGGAGAAGGAGCGGCUGAGGCGGGAGCAGGAGAGGAUGAGGAGCCGGGAGGACGAGGACGCCAUGGAGCAGGCGCGCCGGGUGCACGAGGAGGUGCGGCGGCGCCAGGAGCAGCAGCAGCAGCAGCAGCAGCAGCAGCAGCAACAGCAGCAGCAGCAGCAGCAGCAGCAGCAGCAGCAGCAGCAAGCGGCGGCGGCAGCGGCGGCGCCCCAAGCCCAGAGCUCGCAGCCCCAGUCCUCCCAGUCCAUGCUGGAUCAGCAGCGGGAGAUGGCCAGGAAGCGGGAGCAGGAACGGAGGCGCCGGGAAGCGAUGGCGGCGACGAUCGACAUGAAUUUCCAGAGCGAUUUACUGGCAAUAUUCGAAGAAAACCUUUUCUAACGGCGCCCGGAGCUUUUUGGUUCAUUUCCUCCCGAUUUGACUCUUUCAAAGAAAAAAGAAAAAAAAAAAAAAAAAAACGGGAAAAAAAAAACAAA